UUCAACUGGCAACCUAAUACUCGGUUACUGUCAUGUCGGAAAGAGAAAUAAAUUGAAACAAUUGAGAGAAUAUCAGAAUAUAAAUACAUAAUUAUUUUACGCUUGGAUGUAAUUUUGUUGAUCUACAUUACGGCUAAAAGUCUCAUUACGUAUGUUAAUGAGGAAUCACAAUGAAGAAUUUCUGCCUGUGUAAAUAAGCAAUUAAUUGAAGAAACCUUAAGUGUCUGUUUUGUUUGUAUAAUCACCAGCAUUCGAAAUGAUGAAAAGUACUUUAACUAAGGAUAAGCCAGGCAAAAUGAGGAUCCGAGCCUUUCCUAUGACUAUGGACGAGAAGUAUGUGGAAAGCAUAUGGAGUUUACUUAAAAACGCAAUACAAGAAAUACAAAAGAAAAAUAAUUCUGGACUUUCAUUUGAAGAACUCUAUCGUAAUGCAUAUACUAUGGUCCUCCACAAACAUGGCGAAAGGCUCUAUACUGGCUUGAAAGAAGUGGUCACGCAUCACCUUGAAACAAAAGUCAGAGAAGACGUCCUGCACUCAUUACACAAUGGUUUCCUGCAGACAUUAAAUAAUGCAUGGACAGACCAUCAGACCAGUAUGGUGAUGAUACGUGAUAUACUUAUGUAUAUGGACAGGGUAUAUGUGCAGCAAAAUGAAGUGGACAAUGUUUAUAACUUGGGACUUAUUAUUUUUAGAGAUCAGGUCGUCCGUUACGGCUGCAUCCGCGACCACCUGCGACAGACGCUGCUGGAGCUGGUGGCGCGCGAGCGGCGCGGCGAGGUGGUGGACCGGCUGGCCAUCCGCAACGCCUGCCAGAUGCUCAUGGUGCUCGGCAUCAACUCCCGCGCUGUGUACGAGGAGGACUUCGAGAAACCGUUCCUGCACCAGUCUGCUGAGUUCUAUAGGAUGGAAUCUCAGAAGUUCCUAGCAGAGAACAGCGCGGCGGUGUACAUCGCGCGCGUGGAGGCGCGCAUAGGCGAGGAGGCGGAGCGCGCGCGGCACUACCUGGACGAGAGCACCGAGCCGCGCGUCGUGGCCGUGCUCGAGCACGAGCUCAUCGAGCGGCACAUGAAGACCAUCGUCGAGAUGGAAAACUCGGGCGUAGUGCACAUGCUGCUGCACACACGCACGGCGGAGCUGGCGUGCGUGUACAAGCUGCUGUCGCGCGUGGCCGAGGGGCUGCGCACCGUGGCCGACGCCGUGUCCGCGCACCUGCGCGAGCAGGGCCGCGCGCUGGUGCAGGAGCCGCACCACAACACCAACGCCAUCGCCUACGUGCAGAAUCUCCUUGACCUAAAGGACCGAUUUGACCACUUCCUACAUAACUCGUUCAACAAUGACAAGAUAUUCAAGCAUAUGAUCGCCUCAGACUUCGAAUACUUCCUCAAUUUGAACAACAAAUCUCCAGAGUUUUUGUCUCUUUUCAUCGAUGGCAAGCUCAAGAAGGGCGAAAAAGGCAUGAGCGAGCAGGAGAUCGAAGGCGUGCUGGACAAGACGAUGGUCCUGUUCCGUUUCCUGCAAGAGAAGGACGUGUUCGAACGCUACUACAAGCAGCACCUCGCCAAGCGGCUGCUUCUCAACAAGUCCGUCUCCGACGACUCUGAGAAGAACAUGAUCUCGAAACUUAAGACUGAGUGCGGGUGUCAGUUCACGUCGAAGCUGGAGGGCAUGUUCAAGGACAUGACGGUGUCCAACACCAUCAUGGAGGAGUUCAAGGAGCACGUGCUCUCGUCAGGGACGAACCUCCACGGCGUGGACCUGUCGGUGCGCGUGCUGACCACGGGCUUCUGGCCCACGCAGAGCGCCACGCCCAAGUGCAACAUACCCACGCCGCCCAGGAACGCCUUUGAUGUCUUCAGGAGCUUCUACCUAGCCAAGCACUCGGGCCGGCAGCUGUCCCUGCAGCCGCAGCUGGGCUCGGCCGACCUGCACGCCGUGUUCCGCGCGCUGGACGCGUCGCCGCCGCUCUCGCCGCCCGCCGGCGCCGCCGCCGCACCCCCCGCCCCCGCCCCCACCCCCACCGCCGCCCCCACCGCCGCCGCCGCCGCCGCCGCCGCGCCGCCGCAGGCGCGCAAGCACAUCAUACAGGUCUCCACCUUCCAGAUGUGUGUGCUGCUGCUCUUUAACAAGAGGGAGCGGCUCACUUAUGAGGAAAUCCUGAACGAGACGGACAUCCCCGAGAAGGACCUGGUGCGAGCGCUGCAGUCGCUGGCCAUGGGCAAGCCCACGCAGCGCGUGCUCAUCAAGCAACCCAAGACCAAGGACAUCGAGCCCGCUCACCACUUCUACGUCAACGAUGCCUUCACCUCCAAACUGCACAGAGUAAAGAUUCAAACGGUGGCAGCGAAAGGGGAGUCUGAGCCGGAGAGGAAAGAGACACGCAACAAGGUAGACGAGGACCGCAAGCACGAGAUCGAGGCGGCCAUCGUGCGCAUCAUGAAGGCGCGCAAGAAGAUGCCGCACACGCUGCUGGUGGCGGAGGUGACGGAGCAGCUGCGCGCGCGCUUCCUGCCGUCGCCCGUGGUGAUCAAGAAGCGCAUCGAGGGGCUGAUCGAGCGCGAGUACCUGGCGCGCACGCCGGACGACCGCAAGGUGUACACGUACGUCGCAUAGGUGCGUACGCGGCGCGCUGUCAGUGCCACCGCACCAGGCCCGACCCGACCCGACACGACACACCGAUUUUGCCAUUCCCCGUCAUCUAUAAAGCUUAUCAUUCACGCACGAGCCCGUACGUCGCAAUUGAACGAACGAACUCGAACGCUCGGAUAGUGAAUGAGCGGAGGAGUUGUACGGGUCGUGUGGUGAAUGCUGGACUUUAAAAAGUGAAGAGCGGUUCCCGGUCCGGUUACCUCCGUUGUAACGUGGACUUAGUUGUUUUAAAUGAAAAAUAUAUUUACUAUUUUGGAACUGCGUUAUUUGAUUGGAAAAUUUUAUGGCAAAAUUGUCGUGCACCAGAACAUGUCCUACUGUCGUUUGUGUCAUCUUUCUUCGCGACCGACGGACCAUUUGUUUCUCUUAUAUUGAACGGUCGGAUGGAACCCUCCGACCGGUCCCUAUCGAAGCCGGGCAUGAUUGAAUCUUUCACAUUUCACCGACCACUUAAUGCAUUAUUUAUUUGAAUCUCCAUCAUGCCAGCCCGACAGAAAUAAUAAGUAUGUAUCCCAUUAGAAAUCGUAUUAGCAUAAAAUGUGUUUUGGGAAAUAUGUUGUAAUGUUCACCUACUCAGUCUUGAAAAAAGCUGCCCCUGCUCGGGGCAUUCGUUUGCAAUGUUGUGUAAUCUGGUUGCCCGAGCUAAUGGUAAAAUAGUGUUAUCACACAUAAACGCCUCACGAGCUAGCAUUCUGCGCCGACCGCUCGGUCGAUAAAGAACUGACCUAGGUAAUAAUUUUAAACAGGAUCACACUAUGUUAACUGUUAUAAUAAACACGUAUGAAGCAUAGAUUCCAGUGUACGUCCGCUUUAGUUUAUUUAAUAGUAUUUUGUUAUUACGGAUGGAAAUAUGUCUUAGUUAGAGUUAUUCUUAACACAUUGAGAUUUUAAUCAAUGUAAAACUAUUGUAAAUACCAUCGUAGGUUUAGUUGGAUCCUUUCGAAAUGUAUUAUGAUAGUGUUCCUCAUAAUUUCCAGAAGCAAAUAUAUUAAAAUUCUCUUUUGUAA